ACAAAAACAGACGCAGAUGCUAGACAGAUGCAGACAUGUCCAUGUACUCAGCAAACCAGUAUGAAAGCGCCUUCAAGCCGCAGAGGCUGCAGAACUGGUGCGAACCGAAGCAAUUCAAAGAGAGACCCGCUGCACAGGAGGGUCACAUCACCUUCAUUGCUGAUAAUAGAGGACAUCUGCUCCCAGGAGUGAAGAAGAGGGGCAAGGCAUGGCCAGACUUUAAGGGGACCUGGGACCUACCUGCUCGUAUCCCGACGCACCACAUCAACCCUACAGGCCGCUCUGUGGAGGGCCUCAAUAGGCUCAAGUCCUGGGGCUUUGACCUACAGCACUCUGGCAGCAAAAACACAGACAGGCUGCAGGCCGGUGUUGGCGCGCACACUACGCAGACCAAUGGGGAUGAACAGCAGGACGGUGCUGCCCUAUCAGUGAACCCAGCCAGCCGAGAAGCCCCCUCAUCCUCCAAGCAGAGACACAAAGACGAACAUCAAGACCAGUGAACGUCAUUCAAUUCUUAGUGGAUGAAAACCAAUGGCUACAAAAAUCUGCAGUCUCAGUGUCGAGUUAUUUUAGCAUGUCUGACUGUUACUCACGAAUCAUGAAAGGUCAACAGGUCAAGGUAAAAAGCAUGAAAAGCUUGUUGUUACAGAUGUGUUUUACCCUUUUUACACUGCCUGUGUUCACCCAUCUCCUCCCUCCUCUUAGUCUUCUACCUCUUUUAUGGUUUCACUUUGAUUAGUUGUCCCUCGCUGACCAAACCAGAUGAAGUCUUUCUCUGUGAAUGAUGUAUCUAUUUCGACCACCCAGAGUUGCUGAUUGUCAGAGCAGUGGAGAGACUAAAAGACAUGUUUGGUGGAGUUUUAUUUUGUUUCUGUCCAGUUUGAAUGAAAUGUGUUUUAAGAGUUAACAAGCUGAACGGUUCUAUUUUCAUGUUUAUGUGUAGGAAUAUUUCCCCCACUGACAUUUUGUGAUUUUUUAUAUAUUUAUCAGACAAAAAAAACGAUGAGACCUUGCGUAACAUAGCAUAAUCUCUGCUUCCUGGUACAUGUAGGCACAGUCAACACAUCACAAGAGAUCAGCUUUCUCUGUCCAUAUACUGUAGCACUCACUGGGGACAUUAGUCCUUUAGUGCACAUUUACCAUCUGCAAAUGUUCCAUUAGAAAAUACAAUGAUGAGCGUCUUGUCCAAGAACACUCUGACUACAUCAAGUCUAAUGAGAUAAUGUGUACUGCAUUCGACCAUCGUGGACUGGACUUUGUGAGAGCACAGAUGAACCCAUUUUGUGAGUGUAAUAAAAUUGUAGUUUACAAUCAAAAUGGAGGCAUGAACAAAGUGAACACUGCGAGGCUCUAGGUCUGGUCCUUCUAAAGUUGUAUCCCAGUCCUGCACACAGCUCAAUCCAUGGCAACACACACUGUCCCUGUCCCAGUGACUCAUGACUCAGCGUUAUAAAGCCACAUGGCUUUCGCAGAGUAACUUGCUUCUCCACAACUCAACAUUUAACAAUGGACAAUACAAAUAACUUCCAGUAUGAGUGUGUCCUAAACUGUCAGCCUGAUACAUAAUGCAUUUAUAUAAGUGCAUAAAACCGUGUGUAGAUUCACAGCUACAACUGUGUGUACACACAGACGCAUCCAUACGCCUGGUCCUCCUUUAUGAAUCUCAAAAGCGCCGAGUGUGAAAUUGAGAAGCUCAUCGGUGAAGUCGAGAAAGGAAAUUGCGUUUUAAUUGAUAAAGCCCAAAAAAACGUCUCUGAAAUCACAAAUGAUUUUUUUUUACAGAGGCUAUAAACAAAGAAAGCACUUAUCUACAGUGGAAUAUAGAUUAUAUUUUUGUCCCCACAGUAAUGGAAUAGUUGGGGAUCACGAGAGAGACAAAAGAAAGUGCCCACUCGUAAUCUAUGCAUCACACCAA